AUGGUCUAGCGCCAUGCAAUUCCCACACUGAAAGGAUUUCCUUUGCAAAAAUUAAUACUCUCCUCUUUCUGCUACAGAAGAAGCCCAUUACUCUCUUUUUCUUUACCUGCCUCUACGUUUUGCUUCACUCUCCUCCGAACCCCUCUGCUCCUCUGAUACUGGAAAGGGAAGGAACAAUGUCUGAUAAAAUCGCUGCUGCCGAGAACCUUCUUAACAACCUUGUGGAUACAAUUACUGAGAAGAAAUCUGGUUCAUUCUUUGAGGAAGGGGACCCAAGUUCAGCGAGCUCUCAGUUCAAAAGACUGUUUGGACGCGAGAGGCCAGUGCACAAGAUACUGGGGGGCGGAAAAUCUGCUGAUGUCCUGUUAUGGAGGAACAAGAAGAUCUCUGCAAGUGUUUUAGCUAGUGCUACACUUUUGUGGUUGCUUUUUGAAUGGCUCAACUAUAAUUUCCUGACACUUGUAUCCUUUGCUCUGAUUUUUGUCAUGCUUGGACAGUUUCUCUGGUCCAAUGCUUCUGGCUUGGUUCGCAGGGAACCAUCUGAAGUUCCUCGUCUUGUCAUCCCAGAGGAUUUGUUUGUCAGAAUUGCAACUAGAGUUGGUGUAGAGCUUAACCGAGAUUUGAGGUUUCUUCAAGAUGUUGCUUGUGGAGGAAACCUGAAACAAUUUCUUAUUGCUAUAGCAAGCUUGUGGGCUGUAGCUAUCAUUGGGAGCUGGUUCAAUGUUAUAUCUGUCAUAUAUAUUGGUUUUGUUGCUGCACACACACUCCCAGUUCUGUAUGAGAAGUAUGAGGAUCAAAUUGACAGCUUCGUGGGCCAACUGAUUGAUCAGAUGCAGCAUAACUAUAAGAAGCUUGAUGCUGGAGUUCUCAGCAAAAUCCCCAAGGGAAGCUUCAGGGGCAAAAAGCUUGAAUAGAUCCAUGGAUUUGUAAAAAGGUUUAUCUAUUUAAUAAUUAAUACUUAAUCCCUUACUCAUUAAUAAAAUGGCCGUAUUGGAUGCCUGGUAGAAGUUACUAGGUGGGGAAGAAUAGGACUUGUCUGUAAGUAUUGUUUUGACUUGAUAUCAUUGUCUUUUCCUGAGGAAUAUAUAAUCAAAUUAAUAUAAAAUAUUCAUCA